AUGGCCUCAAUCCAUAAACUUGCGUGGUUACUCUCGCUCCUUGUGUUGUCGAUCACAGCGACUUGUGAACCAUGCAAGUCGUUCAAUUUUCCGAAUAACGUUAACUACGCAACAUGCAAGGACCUGGGCGUUCUUGAUUCAUCACUGCACUGGAACUACCACCAAUCAUCAAGCAGAGUCGACGUGGCAUUCAAGAAGGCCAACGCAACGGAUUCAAGCUGGGUUGCUUGGGCCAUCAACCCAACCUCACAGGGUAUGGUUGGAUCCCAGGCAUUCCUUGCUUUCAGAAAUUCUUCUGACGCUACUCUCAAAGCCUACACCUCUUCUGUCACGAGUUAUGAUACUCUUUUGGAAGAAGGAUCUCUUAGCUUUCCUGUUUAUAGCGUCUCAGCAUCUUAUUCCAAUGGCGAUAUGAUCCUUUUUGCGAGUUUCAAACUCCCGGAGAAUACAACUCUGCUGAAUCAUGUCUGGCAAGAAGGCCCUGUUUCUGACGAUGGAACUCUUGGGAUGCAUUCUUUGUCAGGACCUAACAUUCAAUCCUUUGGGACUAUAGAUUUUGUGUCCGGGAAGGUCUCAGAAACCGCCGGAAAUUCGAAAAUCAAACUCCGAAAGGUUCAUGGAAUAUUGAAUGGCAUAAGCUGGGGAAUACUGAUGCCAAUAGGGGCGAUAUUAGCUCGUUACUUGAAGGCGUUCGAUGGUCGUUUGGGUGCCACGUGGUUUCACGUGCAUCGAGCAUGCCAAUCCAUGGCAUAUAUCAUUGGCAUAAUUGGCUUUGCAACUGGCUCAUACAUGACACGACAUAACCGUCAUCACUCUUCUCACGGAUGCAUUGGAAUCACUCUCAUAUGCCUAGCAUCCCUACAAGUUUGUGUUGCUGUGUUCUUGAGGCCUAAGAAGGAUCACAGACAUAGAAUCUUCUGGAACAUCUUCCACUAUGUAGUCGGUUACUUAACAAUUGGGCUUGGCAUAUGGAACGUCUUCAAAGGUAUUGACAUAAUGGAAGCAAGAGGAUGGAAGAGUGUGUAUUUGGGUGUGAUCAUAUGUUUGGCUCUAAUUGCUAUAGUCUUGGAGGUGAUCACUUGGAUAUUGCUAUGCAUAAACAAGCUUAACACCCACUCUAAGGACCAAGCUGAUGUGGUUGACCAACAGAAUCCAUAG